AUGGCAGCUCAUGCAAAGCAGUCUUGUUCUGAUAUAAUUUACCACAUUGGAUCCUCCUCAAGGAAUCCUAUAUGCAUAUCCAAUAUUGCCAAUUUUCUGUUCCAAUACUUCACUCAAAAUCCAUUGACUGAUAAGAAGGGAAAGCUAGUGAAAGUUGCUAAGGAUCUGUUCUUGACCGAGAAUAUGACUACUUUACAUAUGUACAUUUCGAUCCGCUUCAUGCUACCUCUAAAGAUAGCAAAGUUUGGGAAUAUAGCAUCUUGCCAAUAUUUCCCGGACGUGUAUACGAACAAUAAUAGGAAACUCCAACAAAUGAUGCGCUUGAUUAAUCUGUACAAACCCUAUGUGCUAUUCAAAGGAAUUUUUGCUGAUGGAAACAUAGAGAAGCUGCACACAACUGUGAGGGAAAGUGUGAAGGAUGUCCAAUUGAGGGAAAAGUUGUGGAAAGAAAUAGACAUAAUAGUUGAUUCUGCUGCGACGACCAGCUUUGACGCAAGAUAUGAUUUUGCAUUAGGGACCAAUACCUUGGGGGCUUUGCAUGUGCUUAGCUUGGCCAAGAAAUGUAUCAAUAUAAAGAUGCUUGUCCAUAUAUCUACAGCAAUAAAGGCGGCAACCUCUAAAUUAGAUUUCAAAGCAGAAGAGAAAAUUGUGGCAGAGAAACUGAACGAAUUACUAGCCCAAGGUGCUUCAGAAGACGAAUUUACACUCCUCAUGAAGGAUUUUGGCAUUAAACGGUCAAAAUUACAUGGAUGGCCAAAUACGUAUGCGUUUACAAAGGCAAUGGGAGAAAUAUGUCUAAGGCAAUCAAAAGAAAUGUCGCCUCUAAUAAUUGUACGUCCAACUAUGGUUACCGGCUCUUACAAGGAACCUUUCCCGGGUUGGGUCGAAGGUUUGAGGACCGUUGAUGCUGCAAUAGCUAGUUAUGCUAAAGGGAAGAUAAAAUGUUUCCUUGGCAAUCCCAAGUUAAUAGUAGAUUUGGUGACAGGCGACGUGGUGAUAAAUUCAAUAAUGGUGGCGAUGGCAGUUAAUGCAAAUCAAUCUUCUGAGAUCAUUUUCCAUGUGGGGUCCUCAUUGAGAAAUCCUAUAUAUUUAUCUAAUAUUGUAAAUUUUAUGUUCCAAUAUUUCGCCAAAAAUCCAUUGAUUGACAAGAAGGGAAAGCUAGUCAAACUCUAG